AUGGACGAGUCGAUCGUACUCAUGUCGGCCAUGGCACUACUGCUGGAAGAGUCCCAAGAGCAUAUACGAGCGAUACACAUAUCUCGCGGCCGGUUCAACCUCAUGGCACAAAGCUAUUCAACGUGUGCCUUCCACUUUUGCUUUAAGAAAUACGAGAUUCAGCAAUUCAAAGUGCUGCUGGAGAUUCCCGACCCAAUAAUCACGCCCCAGCGCUUCUUCGGCGCUCAUCGUACUCCUCGUCUGUUCCGGACGCACGAAGGGCAGCAAAGAUUUGUUCUUGAAAAGCAGACAUUAAGUCGUCAUAGCGUUUUCGUGCUCUGAUGAGUCAGAACACCCUGUUCUGAUACAGAACAUCCCCACUGCCCUGUCAGUGAGGUAGCAGCGUCUGCGAGCUGUGUAGGAGGUUUUUGUGCCUUCUAGAGGCUGUUCCUCAGAGUAGAAGUCAGCGCAGACAUUUGGUCACGGAACAUCAUUGGAUGUCAUGAUCAAUCAUAGUUAGUUUUGAUUGGCUGGUUCUUUCCAGUCAGAAGUAAUUCCCUUCCAG